AUCCAUAAGGCAAAAACAAAAAACUCCCACAUGUCACAUGCCACAUGGGAGCCAAAUGCACUUCAUCUCAAAAGCAGACACAAUCACUUUUUCAAACCAUUAUACGCAGCUUAGCUGACGCAUCUUCACACUCAUCCAACUCACACCUCAAACCCUAAUUCCUAAUCAAAGCAUAUUGAUUACAAGUUAACUUGUAUAAACUAGCAGAAGCCGCCAUGAAAAGAAAAGCACCAUCGACGACUAAUGGAUAGAGAAAAGGAAAAGCAAAGUAAAGUGAAAAGGAGGCUCUUUAAUUGUAUUGGAAUUGGAUAAUAUGGCCUUCUUUUCAAGAAUAUCCAGGAUCAGCCUAAGGCAUAUAAAUAUAUAAAGGGCCUUUAACGUCCUAUAUAUAUCUGAAGUUUGCGUAAAACGGCACGGCAUCCAAUAUAUACUUUGAUUCUCUUGUGGAUGAUAACUUGGGCCUAGCAAAUAGCAAUAGCAAAGCAACCUUAUAUCUAUCAAUGGCUAAUAUGCAAAUUGUUCCGGCUUCCAAGAAUGUGCAGGCACAGUACGUGGAGAUGAUGGUCCCUCUGUAUUCCUAUGGCUGUGAGAGGAAAGUGAAGAAGACCCUUUCCCAUCUCAAAGGAAUUUAUUCAGUAAACGUAGAUUACAAUCAGCAGAAGGUGACAGUGUGGGAAAUAUGCAACAAGAAUGAUGUAUUAGCGACCAUGAAAAGCAAGAGAAAAGAAGCUCGUUUUUGGAAUCCAGAGGAUGCCAUUGCUGAUGAUCAAAUGCAAGAAUCAUCACAGCCACCACUCAAUAAGCCAUCUUUAGCCCUAAUGAAGGCUCGCUCUCUAAGCUUGAAGGCUUUGAGAAAGGUCUUCACUAGAUCAUUUUCCUUGUAAUUAAUUAAUUAUCUUAUAUCUAAUUAAAAGAAAUUAUAAUUUGUAAGUAAAUAAACUCAUUGUUCAAUCAAUUCGGCUAAAGUAGUGUUGUGGUUGUUUCCAUUUU